GCGCCCUGCUGGUGGCGUUGCCGACCGCCAAGAAGGCCGUGCGUUUGCUCACGCGUGUCCUCGCGCUGCGCCUUGGGCCGAGUCCUCCCGCUGCCCCGAUCCGCAGCCCCGCCAUGCCUGCCGACCUCAGCAAGUGGUCUGGGCCCUUGAGCCUGCAGGAAGUGGACGAGCGGCCCCAGCACCCACUGCGGGUGUCCUACACCGGGGCGGAGGUGGACGAGCUGGGCAAAGUGCUGACGCCCACCCAGGUUAAGAACAGACCCAGCAGCAUUAACUGGGAUGGUUGUGACUCUGGAAAACUGUACACCUUGGUCCUGACAGACCCGGAUGCUCCCAGCAGGAAGGACCCCAAGUACAGGGAGUGGCACCAUUUCCUGGUGGUCAACAUGAAGGGCAACGAUAUCAGCAGUGGAACUGUCCUCUCCGAUUACGUGGGCUCCGGGCCUCCCAGUGGCACAGGCCUGCAUCGCUACGUGUGGCUGGUAUACGAGCAGGACAAGCCUCUGAAGUGUGACGAGCCUGUUCUCAGCAACCGCUCUGGGGACCACCGUGGCAAGUUCAAGGUGGCAGCCUUCCGCAAGAAGUAUCACCUGGGCUCCCCUGUGGCUGGCACCUGCUACCAGGCCGAGUGGGAUGACUAUGUCCCCAAGCUGUACGAGCAGCUGUCUGGGAAGUAGGGAGGCUCGAUUUGAGCACCCCCAGGCCCUGCAGUGGGGUCCUCAGGCACCAAUGCUGGUAGAUGUCUCCCCUCCCGCUCCUUCACUCAGGCCAUGCCUGAGUCAUCUGUCCUGGCAUGGGGUGGCUUGUCCUGCCAGCAGUCCUCUUCAUGCUCCUAUUGAUGUGUUGAUCACGUUUGAAUUCCGUUUUAGGGGGGUAGCAUGUGGAAUUGGAAUGGGGGUACAUUGUUAACGAAUGACUAGCAAUCCAGAAUGUAGAGAAAACUUGUUAAAAAAAGGUCUUGAAAGGAGGGUGAAAGAAAAGGGAGUCAUUGUUACUGUCUUUGAGAUCUUUUCCCCCCAGCCUCCAGGCAGGGGCCUGGCCCUCAUGGCCUGCUCCUGGCAGCGUCCACAGUGUCUCAGUAGCUUACUAGGAAUCUACCUUAAACACUGCUGAGGUGUAGCCUGCUGAAACUGCACUGGAGGACAGGCGCUUAAUCCUUGUGUGGUAAAUCCUUCAUCGGCUGUUCUGGAGUUGCUUAGUGUUAAUUCUGCUGUUUGCUUAUUAUUGAAUAAAGUAGGAAUGUUGGACAAUGCA